AUGAGAGAGAUCUAUCGCUUUGCCCUCACAUGGUCGACUAGCGGCUUUCACUUUCAAUUCACCUCAAAGCAAGAAGGAGUAAGGCCACUGACGUUUGGUGUGUUUAUAGAUACCGAUUCGGAAGGUCCCCGCGGCCGUACUGGUCGCCCUGACACCCCAUCAUCUUCUGCGAAUUCGUCUUCGCGUCGCAGCACUCUCUCCCGCGUACACUUCGCAGACGACAUGUGCAACCCACUGGCGUCUCCUCGUUCUGACGCGACUGUGACUGCAGUCCCGGUGCCGGUGCCUUCCAAGUCGACCAACCCUACGGUUGGUUUGCCUGCCAGUGUGACGGGCAGUUCGGAGUUGCCUCCUCCUUCCGUUGACAAGCGUAACGCGUUCGCUCAACUCAGAGGAAAAGUUGCCGCCUCCCAAUCUUCCUCUCGUCCUUCCCAUCCUUCUCUCUCUUCCCCUCGCGCUUCCUCCAUCCCUCCUGUGCCACCUCUUCCUGUCUCAAUCCUAAAGAACCGUCCCGGCAACAUUUCCCUUGCCGAUUUAAAACCUCGCUCUUCCUCUGCUCCGCCAUCUCCACCCAAGAUGGUUGACAAUUCUGAUGCUCCGGAGGGCAACAACAAGCCACUCCCCGUAUAUGAUCCUCACACACCCAGCCCUCGCACACCCAGCUUCGACAAGGAGGGCGUGCGCAAUCCCAUCCUGCGUACGCCUUUCAGUCCUACUCUCAUCAGUCCUCCAAGUCAUCGUCCUGGCUUGUCUACUAUGAAGGAUUUGCCUGAAGCUGUUCGAACUCUUCAGUACCAGUAUGAAGCAAUCCAAAAGCGACUGACAACGCAGAUGGACGAUAUCCACAAGCUCGAAAAGAAAAUCGAGGAUUUUUUUGCCUUGACUGAGAACUACAUCAAGGAUCAAAUGGAUGCGCAGCUUAAGCGUAGUUCCAAUUUGUCUUCUCAUCUUUCUCAGCUGAAGCAAGGCACGAAGAAGACCAAGGAUGAGGUUGACGAGAUCAAGGACACUAUCCACGAGAUGCGACUUGAGAUCAACGGACUGACCUCAACUGUCAAUGACCUGGGCGCUAAGAUUGAUAUGUGUCUCACCGGAAUUUGGGAGAACACCGAAGAGCCAUUCGUGGCCUACCAGCGUCGAAAGAAUCAGGAGAUCGACGAAGAUAUGCAGGACAUCGGAGACCUGGCUGUGAAUAAUGGAGCGCAACUAAUGUUCUUGAGACAAUCGAUGAUCCGCAUGCAACUUGCCUUCAGACUCUUGCAGCAUGAGAACAAUCUCGUCGUCUCCCAAAACGUACAGCUUGCGCUUCCACAAUUCCCUUUGGUGCAAGGUAACAACGUGCCAACCGCUGGUACCCAUCAGCCUCCUGCCACCUCUGCAACUGGAGCAGCUCCACCAGCAUCGACUACUGUGCCCGCAAGUGCUCCUCCAGCAAAUUCUACUCUCUCGGCAUCGACUGCUGUUCCAGCAAAGGCUACUUCAGCAAAGUCUACUUCCUCAGGAUUAACUACUGUUCCAGCAAAGGUUAAUCCAGCAAAGUCUACUUCCUCGACCACGAGUACUGUUCGAGCAAAGACCACUCCCUCGACAUCUGCCAACGCGCCAGCAAAGACCACUCCCUCGGCAUCUGUCCCAGCCAAGGCUACUUCCCCAGCAUCAGCCACCGGGUCCGCAACUAUCACCUCUCCAGGAUCAUCGACUGCAAAGCCAAGCUCGAUCCCUCGCCGACCCAAGAAAUCUUUGAGUUCUCAGAUGCGCGACAAGGAGAAUAUCGGCAAUACCAUUGGCUAUACGGAGAACAAUAUGACUGCAGAAGACUUCACGUCAGGAAGAGUCGGUCCCCCUGUCCCAGAGCUUCCUCACGGAAUCGUUAUCCCCGGGGUGCCUGGAGUAGCCAUCCCACUGGCUAAUAUUCACCCGCUCUAUCGCUCUGGUUUCCGUGAGGUCAAUGCUCCGGGAAUGCCUGCCGCCCCUGCGGUCCAGACUUCGCGCGCCGCGAAGCCCAAGGGACCUGUGUCCCCCGAGACUGGCAAGGAUAAGACUCGCAAGUAA